AUGGCGACAUACCCUCGUGAGGUACCUGCGAUCGCCGAGGAAAAGACAGGAUUCGACCUAAACAUACAACACGGACACCAGGACCUCGUCCAAGCUGUCGCUUUCAACGCCUACGGCGACCGAUGCGCGACAGGGUCCGUAGAUGGCAAGAUCAAGGUCUUUAACCGGCACAAAGACGGCGUCUGGCACCACUGCGAUACCUGGGGGGCCCACGGCGGCGAGAUCCUCGAGCUCCAAUGGCUUCCCCCGACCGUCUACCCGAACCUCAUCGCCUCUCUCGGCAUAGAAGGCCGCUUCAAACUGUGGGCGGAAGACCCCUCCGCAGCACCAGGUCGCCGCUUCAGCGCCAGCAGCCGUGCGACGACGAGCAAAGCUGCCUACGAAAUGCGUUCUCCCAAAUACCCCUACCGCUCCUUUUCAAUGAAACACAAUGAAGAGACACGGCAUACGUAUCUUGCCCUGCUCUCCUCCGAAGGCCGUUUGGUGGUGUACGAGAACGAACAGCCCGAAAACAUGUCUGAAUACACACAAAUCGAUGAAUUGAGCAUAUGCCCCAAGCCAAGCCGCGGCGAGGAGAUUAGCUUCAAGGUUCGCUUCGAUCCGAAUCUCGACCCGUGCUACAAUGCCCUGAGGGCGGGCGUGGCGAGCGACUCUUUGGGACUGGUCGUGGCGGGCAUGUCAUCGGUCAAGAUCUAUCGCUCAAGGGACGUGAUUGCGACUUCGUACGGCGUACCGCAGACACAACGAGAGUUCUAUCUUGCCGUCGAGGUGGGUGUCCACCGUGGCCUCGUACGCGAUGUGGCGUGGGCAACAGGAAAUAUUAGAGGAUACGACACCAUCGCGACAGCCUGCCAGGACGGCUCUGUGCGCGUAUUCCGCAUCGAUACGCCGUACUCGGCCGACGAUGGCAAGACGUGGGCCACGACCGAACUAACCAAGCAAGAAAACCAUUAUGCACAGGCAUCGUCAAAGGCAGGGGGGCAGACAAACGACAACCAGCAGCACCAAUCGGGACUCAGCGCAAGCCUGGCCAAGUCUGGCUCGCAUGUUGAACGGCAUUUUUCCGGGCAGCCGGGGCAGGUAAAGCACGUCUUCAAGGAAGUUGCCAAGCUCGACAGCCACCGUACGCCAGUCUGGCGCGUCGGGUUUGACGACGACGGCCAGAUCCUAGCCAGUACUGGAGACGACGGAAAGCUUGUGUGCUACCGGCAGACGCCGAGCGGCACAUGGGCAAAGAGCUCCGAGUUGGCCAUGGUCAAGACGAGAAUGGCGACGGUUUGA